AUGGCGGAAAUAUCGCUCCAGAGCCUGCUGCCAGCGGGAGAGACCACCAUGGAGAGCGCGAGAGGCCGGAGCCAAAGGCUAUAUAGCUAUCACCAUGGGAAUGUGCUGGUUGACUGGUAUAGUUUGGCGAAGAUUAUGGAUGCAUCACCGUUGCAACUUGUCGUAUGGUUCGUCCCAAUGGCGCUUGGUGGUAUAUUCAUUUCACUACUUGGCGGUCGUGUUCUACAUCUUGUUCCAGGGAGCUAUGUUAUGGUUGUUGCUGGUAUUGCCUACGUCCUCGCUCCUCUAUUACUCAUACUUGCUACCCCAGGAGCCAGCUACUGGCACUACGCUUUCUUUGCGAUGUUGACAACCCAUGUCCCGAUUCAACAUCAAGGGGCUGCUGGAGCAAUAAGUGGAAGCCUGGUUCACCUCGGCGCUGCGCUUUUCCUAGGAUGUGCAAGUAUCGUGUCGGUCAGGAAGCAGCCUGAAGGAGAGCUCCAGAGCUUUAAAGCAGUCUUCUACCUAGAAACUACUCUGGCCGCUACCUCACUGCUAUUAUGGUAA